AUGCGCUUCACCAAAACACAAUAUGGCUUGAUACUUCUCAAUGUUGCGUUCCGACUAUACUCAUCACUAUACAUGAUCAUUGGCGAUUGUGAUGAGACAUUCAAUUAUUGGGAACCAUUGAAUUUACUAUUGCGUCACUUUGGCAAACAAACAUGGGAGUAUUCACCAGUAUAUUCAAUUCGAUCAUAUGCUUACUUGAUACCUUACUAUUUCGUGGGGAAAUUGUUGCAACUACUUGAUUUGACUCCUUUACAUGUAUUUUAUGGCUUGCGAAUUGUUGCCCUAGGUGGAUUCACGUCAUUUGUUGAAAUGAAUUUGUUUGUCAAUUUAAAUACUUAUUCGUCGAGUUUGGCCAAUUGGUGGUUAUUUCUCACUAGUGUAAAUGUGGGGAUGAGUCAUGGAGGGGUGGCAUUAUUACCUAGCUCGUUGGCUUUGCAAACUACAUUAUUGGCAAAUACGUUUAUUUUCAAGAGUGUUGUUCAUACAGAAGGGGUUAGUGAGAAGAAGCAUGGGUGUUUAUUGAAGGCAAUUGCGUGGUAUCUUAUUGGUGGAUUAUUAGGCUGGCCAUUUGCCUUGGCUUUGGGAUUACCAGUGGGUGUCUACACGUUGUGGCAAAUAGGUCAGUGUCGUAUUCCUAGUGUCAUUUUAGUUGAAAUUGGACUAAUUUUGGCAUCAUUAGUGGCAGUCAUCACAUUAAUAGACUCGUACUACUUGCAGAAGUUAGUGUUUGUGCCUAUAAACAUUGUCUUGUAUAAUGUGUUUGGUGGUGACGGUGAAGGGCCAGAGAUUUUCGGUGUAGAGCCAGUGAGCUAUUAUAUUAUCAAUUUGUUACUCAAUUUCCAGUUUGUUUUACCAUUAGCUGCAAUUGGAGUUUUGGUUAAUCCGUUCAUCACUGUCAAUGCUAGAAAAUUCAGUUUACUCGUUUCUGUACAAUUGGUGAUUUGGUGUGGAAUUUUCUUUAGCCAACCACAUAAAGAGGAAAGAUUCAUGUACCCUGUAUAUCCAUUGAUUACACUAUCUGCAGCAAUCAUGGUUUCAAAAUUGAUGUCAUUUGUGAGGAGCAAACUACCACGAGUCGUUUACGUUGUCACUCAAUUUGGUUUCAUCUCCACUGUUCUUGUCAUUUCUAUAUUGAGAAUAACUAAUUUGGUUGAAAAUUAUGCAGCACCACUACAGAUAUACGAAGCUGUAUCACAAUUACCUUCAUCAGUAGAGCAAGUCAAUGUAUGUACUGGUAAAGAAUGGUAUCAUUUCCCCAAUUCCUUCCACUUGCCACUCAAUUAUCGGUUACAAUUUGUCGAGUCAGGAUUUGAUGGAUUGUUACCUGGUGAUUUCCAUGAACCGAAGAUCAACAUAAUCGAAUCAACGACGUUUGUUCCACUUCACAUGAACAAUCAAAAUAAAUUUGAAGCAGAUAAAGUUGUUCCCUUAGAUCAAUGUGAUUUUUUCGUUGACAAUUCACAAUGGGGAUCGACUCCACAAUUGAUUACGCCAGAUCUAUCUGUCGUUGAUGAAGUCAACUGGCGUGUUUUGCAAUGCAAAAAGAUUAUCAAUCCAGAUGGACAUCACAAUGUAAUUGGAAAAUUACUUUACAUCCCUCGAUGGGCCAGGACGAUAAUACCGUAUAAAGUUGAUUAUAUGGAUCUAUGUCUAUUGCAAAGGAAGAGGCAGGAAGAGGAGGUUUAA